GUUUCCAGCACCACUGCACCACUUUACGGUCUGAAAACGUAUUAAAAUUCAUCGGAUCAACUGAUGUUUAGGGUCUCCGAAGGUAUUUAAAAUUAUACAUUUUUGAAGAAUAUAGUUUCUGAUGGUGGCUGUGGGCACUUCGCUGCUACUUGUUUGGAAUAUACGCCUACCCGCCGCCGUUUUCGGGUCGUUUUGAUUAUGGAAACGUGUUAUUUGAGUCACGUAGUCCUAGCCCGUCUUUCUCUGGUGGUCCUCUUGGUCGUUCUGAGACCCCUCAAUGCGUGGACCUACACCUCCAGCAGCAACGAUAUGGAUAGGGCACUGGUAACGGGGGUAUACUUUUCUCCCCGGGUUACCAACUCUGAAGAAAUAACUGCCAUAACUGCCUUACCAAAAUACUUGUUUACUACUCCGGCAACUUCUACGGACUUUAGGGAGGUACCAUCACCAUCAUCUGGAACAGAACUCCACCACAGAGUCAGGCAUUCCGAUGAGAGUGAGACACGGGCGUUGAGUGAAGACAAAUUAGCCACUGAACAAAACACACGUCUCUCCUCGGGCUCAACCAGUUGGACAUCAGAAGGAACCCUUGGUUUGUCGACGGAGCAGAGGAGCUCUACCAUUGUAGUGUCUACAGAGGCUACCACACAGUGGGAGGACAAGACCAGAGUAACACUAGACCACCUACCAGAGGCCUACUCUGGGCUCCCAGCACAACUCAGGGCUUUGACUGAAACAAAACGCUCAGUAGAACUUAAGUCAGUGUCUGUUACGGAAGCCAGACCACCUCAGGACAGCCCUGAUGCUGACAGCAGUCUCAGAGGGGACCAGUCCACAAACCGAGGUACUGUGAAUCUCAGAGAGGACCAAUCCACAACCCAAGGCACCGUGGGUCUCAGCGAGAAUCAGUCCACAAACCAAGGCAUUGAGGGCCUCAGAGAGGACCAGUCCACAAACCGAGGUACUGUGGGUCUCAGAGAGGACCAGUACACAAACCGGGGAACCUUGGGUCUCAAGAGGACCAGUCCAAUAUCCGAGGCACCAUGGUCUCAGCGAGGACCAGUCCACAAACCAAGGCACUGAGGGCAUCAGAGAGGCCAGUCCACAAACCGAGGUACUGUGGGUCUCAGAGCGGACCAGUCACAAACCGAGGCACCUUGGGUCUCAGCGAGGACCAGUCCAAUAUCCGAGGCACAAUGGGUCUCAGCGAGGACCAGUCCACAAACCAAGGCACUGAGGGCCUCAGAGAGGACCAGUCCACAAACCGAGGUACUGUGGGUCUCAGAGAGGACCAGUCCACAAACCGAGGCACCGUGGGUCUCAGCGAGGACCAGCCCACAACCCGAGGCACCAUGGGUCUCAGAGAGAACCAGUCCACAAACCGAGGUACUGUGGAUCUCAGAGAGGACCAGUCCACAAAACAAGGCACCGUGGGUCUCGGA